UGCCCCGUACUCUGCUUCUGUUUCUUAGCACCAAGCCGAGCCACGGGCCGGGUUUGCAGGCAGAUGCACAGCAGCACAACCUCACAAGCAAUGCAAGCCCUCACAACCACAAGUGAAGUAUAGUACGAACUACCAAGGAACCAAAAAUAAAAGUAGCGUGUUGCCUUGAUGGGUGUUCAUCCCUUUGGGCUUUACGCUUUUGGACCGGCCGAGAUCUCCACCUCCUCACCCCGUCGCUCGUACAGACGCCGGCCUAGACGAGAGGACACUGGACGCCCCCUAUAUCACCGGAGUAAAAGCGCGCACGGCGGCGGCGGGGCAUUGUGGAACAGCUUAGCGGAGAUGCAUGCCACGGUACGGUAGCCGGAGCUUUCCUUCCGCAUCGCCAUUGUUCUCAUGUCGCGAGGCUAGGCUCCGGCAUGCAGUAGCGCGCCGCAGCUAGCAAUCCGCUUGGAGCAUCCAUCGCCCCCGGCCGCCGGUUGUUGCAGGAGUGAGUUCGAUCGAGGAGAGAAUGGGAGUCCUUAGCCUCGCGGCGCUGGCGGUUCUUGUCCUCGCCGCGCUCCUGAGCUCCGGCCCUACCGAGGUCCGCGGCGUCCCGGUGCCGGCGGCCGCUCCCGCCGCCGGCCGGACGGGAGACGGAGACCGGGGCGCCUUGCCGCCAGAGCAGCGACGACCAAGGAGGAGCGGCGGCCGCACUGCCGCUGCUGCUAGCGGCGCGCGCGCCAGGCUCGACGCGUCCAGCGGGGAGGCCGCGGCGGGCGGCGGGUCCCCCGCCUCCGCGGUGUUCGACCCCGACAGGAUGAGCAAGCGCCGGGUCCGGAGAGGCUCCGACCCCAUACACAACAAGUGCUGAUCGCUGCCCCUCGUCGACACCAGAGCUUCCAAGUGUCGAUUCUCUUGGUUUUCUUCUGAUUUUUUUUCUCUUCUCGAACUUUUUCCCUCUCGAUCCCCCCGCCCCCCCCC